AUGGCCGAUUCGCCCGGCUCCCCCCUCUCGUCCAUCGCGUCCGAUGAACUGACCGAGGACACCAAGUUGGACAAAGAUGGCCAAUCUCCAUCAGCUUCAAGCAUACCACCGUCAAAGCGACGUCGCACUGGCGUUGCGUCCUGGGACAACCACACACCAAUCUCCUCUAUACAAGGCGAUAACGUGCCAACCUCGCCUUCGAGUCCUAUCUCGUCAGAUACCGACGGCGAAAUACCCAAUUCCCCGUCGCUACUCGCAUUGAUUGGCGGUGGCCAGGACGACGACUAUAGCGGUCAAGGGGGCGACCAGGUCUCGGUAUGCCGCUGGGAUGGCUGUGAAGCUGGAGACCUAGGUAACAUGGAUAAUCUUGUCAACCAUAUUCAUGAUGAUCACAUUGGUACUCGUCAAAAGAAGUACUCCUGUGAAUGGAUUGAUUGCAAUCGCAAAGGACAAACACACGCCAGCGGAUAUGCACUACGCGCGCAUAUGCGAAGUCAUACACGAGAGAAACCUUUCUACUGUGCGCUUCCAGAAUGCGACCGAAGUUUCACUCGCUCCGAUGCCCUUGCUAAACAUAUGCGCACAGUCCACGAGACUGAAGCUCUCCGGCCGUCAGACCCCGUUCCUAAAAGCCAACUCGCCAACAAUCCGCCUACUACGACCACCCCAAACAAUAAGGUUCAGCGCAUCAAAUUGAAGCUCAAUUUUGGCCCAAAAGAAGACACAGAUUAUCCAACGAAUGGAGGAGAAGGCGCCAGAGAUAUUGAUAAUCAGGAGCUUGAAUUGCUGCCUGUUCCCGAAUUCACCCCUGACUUGGGCUUGGAUGCGCGUGAACUCGCCAUGCCUCCGAGCCAGCUCUACAGACUCCUUCGUCGACAGGUGCGUUGGGCAGAGAUUGAAACUUCUAAACUCAGACGCCAGUGGCAGGAUUGGGAGCCGAAGCGCAAAGAGGCCUUUUUUGAGAAAGAAGCUGCCCUCUCGAAUGUCAUCAAUGCCGAAACAGAGCUCUCCAAAACGCUUCUAUUGGCAACACCGCAUGAGGCAGACGAGGAGAGUGGUGGUGCCCAAAAUGGUGCCGCCGAAGACGUUUCUUAA